AUUCAAUUCGCGGAAACCGACUACUCCAUCUCAGUGAUCAAGCCUGCUCAUCGAGGACAACUUUCACCUCACAGUGCGGGACAGCUUCAAUGUUCAACGAAGGAACACGCCGACACGUUCAACUGCUCGUUCGCAAUCAACGCCUGUCAGUGCACUCAUGGACUAUAUAAAGCCUCCUGUUCAUGUAGCUCCGGCAGCGUAGCAGACUUGAUGCAACCAUCGCCUUUGCCACUGGUUUCGAAAAACUUUAAGAUCUUUUCAGAAGAUAAGAAAGUGUAUGCCAGAACGAACAUUGGAUCUGCUCUACAACUACAUAUAGUGGCCGAAAACAUGAAAAUAACAGCUCGCCAAUCCAACAGUACCUGUACGAUAGAGGCAAGUGACCUUGUUGGUUGCUACAACUGUAUUGCAGGAGCGGAACUAACUCUCUACUGUCAAUCGAGCGGAACUGAAACAACCGCUAAUAUCGAGUGCCAACGGAAUUUCCCGGUCGCCGCAUUGCGGGGUAUUGGAGGCGCCCUUAACGCUUUUUUAGAGGAAAGAGUUACGCAAGUACACAAGAAGCUAACGAAGGAAGCCAUAAUCUUCCCAAAUUCUCUCAUCAUGUACGAUUAUACCGUUUCAAUCAAAGCCUACGAAAACGAUAAACUCAGGCACAACGGACAUGUAUCCUGCAAAGCUCACCCAAUUUGUGAGACACUCAGAUGUACUUUCUGUUGGAAACGAAUCUACAACUCACAAUGUUGGACUCUCCUUGGAAACCAUGUUCUUCAUAACUUUGCCACUACUCUCCGUCAUACUGAUACCAUGUGCGGAACUGUCGCAAUUUGCAAACUCCACCGAAAAUCGCCGAACCUACGAAGAUACACCUCUCGUCGACGAAAACUCAGGACUCGCAAGUCACUUCUUCACCUAUCCAAAGGAUGCUCACAAGUCGUCUCUAUGAAUGCUCACGAAGAGAUCUGUAUCAUAUCGAAUGAUAUCGAAACUUGCACUUUCAACGAAGCAAUGGUCGUCACGCUACAGCCCCUGCAACAGGAAACCUGCAUCGCUCUGAAAGAUCAUGAAAGCCAACCUAUCGGCGUAAUCUCAGUGAAAAUCAACGGUAUUCUGUUCCAGUGCAGAAGAAAUGUGGAAUUUUUCACACGAGAUCAUCAACUUGUAUCCGAAUCUGUGCACAGAUGCUACUCGGCAGGAACAUGCGAUAGAAGUACGUGUGAGAAUAUGUCACCAACCGAGAAAAGCAAAGAAUUUUCAUUCGAGGCGAAUAAUAACCCUGGAUACACUUUUUGCACACCAAGCUGCGGAUGUCUAACAUGCGACGGCUGCUUUCUUUCCGACCACUUCGACGAUCUAUACAAUAUUUACAUGCCCAAGCUGGGAAAUUGUUGUCACAUUGGAAGCAACGCUCCGGCAAAAAGAUUCGACCGUAUCAACUACAAUUCAACUUCACCCAGGUCAAAUUUCCGCUUGGAACAAUCUCAAGUUCAGUCUCAUAGGGACAGUCGUCCCCCAACUACCAAUAUUGUCGUCGACAUUCGCGGAAACCGACUACUCCAUCUCAUGCGGGACAGCUUCAAGUGUUCAACGAAGGAACACGCCGACACGUUUAACUGCUCGUUCGCAAUCAACGCCUGUCAGUGCACUCAUGGACUAUAUAAAGCCUCCUGUUCAUGUAGCUCCGGCAGCGUAGCAGACUUGAUGCAACCAUCGCCUUUGCCACUGGUUUCGAAAAACUUUAAGAUCUUUUCAGAAGAUAAGAAAGUGUAUGCCAGAACGAACAUUGGAUCUGCUCUACAACUACAUAUAGUGGCCGAAAACAUGAAAAUAACAGCUCGCCAAUCCAACAGUACCUGUACGAUAGAGGCAAGUGACCUUGUUGGUUGCUACAACUGUAUUGCAGGAGCGGAACUAACUCUCUACUGUCAAUCGAGCGGAACUGAAACAACCGCUAAUAUCGAGUGCCCUUCUCAAACACAAAUGGCGCUUUGCACUUCAUCGGGAUACCUCAACAUUCUCAAAUUCCACUUCGACACUUCAUCUGUCUCCAUGAUUUGCAAUGCUUCCUGUCCCGGAGGAACUGUUUCCUUGGCAGUGAAGGGAGUACUUCUCUACGUUGACGACGACCUCAUCAGAGACAACUUGCAAUCGGAGGCAAAGACAAGAGAUCUUCCAAGAGAUACCACAUUUUUGAGUCAAAUACCUAACAAGUUCAAAGAAUUUGUCGGUAAAAUUCCAGAUCUGCUUCCAAUUAACUUCCUUACAAAAGCUAUACUUUCCUUUCUAUUGACUGUGCUUGUGAUGAUUAUGAUAAUCCGAUGUAUUAGUCGCUCUCUCAUGCUCGCUAUGACUCCAAAAUUUUCCAAGAAGCAUCAU